GUUUGGCGGGGCUUUCAUCGCUGUGAUAGCUGUCACUUUAGUAGAAGUCCUAGGACUGGAGAGGUUGGCCUACUCCAUGGGUUUGCUGCUCCUGGGGACUACUAUAUCUACCGUAGGAUCCCCACCUUUUUUAGGCUGGGUGGCUGAUACUACAGGGUCUUACAGCUGGCUUUUCCGUAUCUGUGGAAUCUCCAUGGUAACUGCCUCCACCAUCUUGUGUCUGGAGCCAGUAGCCAGGAAAUAUGAAGUGAAGAAAGAACAACUGGCAGCAGGGACAUCAGACCUGGUGCAAACUGACCAGACGUGUACACAAAAAUUGAAUGGAAACUUGGUAGAGACUUAAAAAGCGUUUUGUUAAUCAUGGUGUUUUGUGUGAUUGGUAAAACAAUUAUUGUAUUUUAUCUCAAGUAAGAUUCUCAGCAAGGAUUUCUCCUGUAUAAAUACUUGCAGAUAUUUCACCAUGAUGAUAUGACUUAUUUAACUAAAGGAUAUCUAUUACAUACCAAUAGGAAUGUAUACAACAUAUAAAUGAUUUUUUUAAAUUUUUGAUUACUGUAUUUUAUUGAUCCAUUAACAUUUUAAAAUGUUUAAGUUAAAGUACAUUGAAUUUUAGUUGCAUACUGGUGGUAAUUAUUUCAUUAUCAAUAUGACACAUAAUUUUCACACAAAACUUAAUUCAAGUUUAACUGAAACUACUUUUAGAUGUAAUAAAAAGGUAAAGAUGAAGACAGUUUGUCUUGUAUGUAAUGCUAGAUGUCCAGAUGUUGCUCUAUAAAUAUACAUUUUCUCUCUGUCAGCCUCCUGAAUUAUUGUUACAGUAAUCCCAUGUCUAAUGAAAGGUAUGCUAUGCAGGUCGUAUAUGAUAGGGAUGAUGUAUUAAGAUGCACUUUCUUUAAUAGUAAGUUGUUACAGAUUACUCCACAUUUAAGUGUGGAUUUAUUGUUUUUUGCUUAUUUUAUUAUUUUUUUCAACACUGAGGUUUGUAUGAACCCCUGCUGGUUGCUUUUGCUGAUGAUAACAGAGAAUCUCUUGGAAAAUCUCACCAAGCAGAGAGGGUAGAUCUUUGUUCCUUUUGUUAAGUUCUGUAAAAAUAUUUUAUUGAGCCAAGAUGUUCAUAAGCUUGUUGAUAGUUGGGUCUUAUUUAGAAAUUAUUGAAGACAAGUUGAAAUACAUGUUAUGGUUAGCUUGUUAACUUUAGUCUGAUGAAAGCCUACAUCAAGCUACAGUAUGGAAAAUUGUGUUAAAUAACUACUAUUUAUGAUAUUUUAUUGAAUUUGAUAAGAUUGCUAGUGAAAUUGAGGUCCACAGCCAACUAUAUAUUUUUCUUUAGAGUGCACAAUGUUUUGUGAAGUUCAUUGUUUAAAGGUUUUAGAAGGGAGCAUAUAUGACAGAUACUCUAGUCUCUUACAUAUGUUGAGUUUGUUGAUCUUAAUUUGUGCCACGUGAAUUAUUAAGAUAUGUUAAUUUAAUGACCCAUCUUCAGUCCCAUGCCAAAGAUACAUUCUUUAUUCCCUGCUAAAAUGUUUAUGUAUUACAGAUUUUUUUAUUUAUGUGUGCAUAUGACUUAAACGUUUUUAACUGUGUUCCUAUAAAAUACACUUACUGUGCCAGAAAACAGACAUUUGUUAUUGUGAGCAUCACGUUUUUAAAUUCACAGUUAUAUUUAUAUCAAUCCAUCUCCCACCUCAUGGAUACCUUAGUUUUAUACAUCAUGUUACAGUGAUAAUUUGAAAGCAGACAUUUUGUUUUGACUUUUUUGAAUAAUCUACAAGGAUAAAUACAGGUCAUCUUUCAAUGAAAUAGAUUGCAUAUUAUAU